GAGCUUCCCCCACACACCCUCCCUUUAGCUACAUGCCUAAGUACCGUAGGUAAAAUCACAGAUGGAGCCGCAUACGAAACAGAAGCUCUUGUCUCUUUACCCUGAGCCAAUUCGUGCACCAGAGACCCCAUAUAUAAAAGCGAGAAAACGAAACCCCAGGCUCCGAGGCUGGGCAUUGAUAGCCGUUAGCUUUUUAACAGAAUGGUUAGGCUUUGUAAGAUGGUGGCUUUGGCGAAAUGCAGGAUUCGGCUCGCUAGGAAAUCUUAGAGAGUACAUCGAGCAUGUCGAACCACGAUUCGAUCCCACCGUCUUUCCAACUGAGAAUGAUAUCACUGGCGCAACCCCUGCCGAGUCUGGAGUUAGUCAUAGCAGCCGUGACAUCCCUCUAGAGCCAGAGAAUCCUAUUCCAGUUCAAGGGAGAUAUUCCGUCGCUCACUACCGGUCUCUUUAUCUUUCCGGAGCCCUGACCCCGCUAGCUGUUGUGCAAGCUAUCCUCCCCUUGAUUCGCCGCGACACAUCGCCACCUGGUGAGCACUCGGCAGCCUGGCUCCAAAUCAGGGUUGAUCUGGUUAUUGAGGCCGCCAAGGCAUCAACGUUGAGAUACCAAAAACACCAAUCCCUGGGGCCUCUGGAUGGUAUUCCCACGGCAGUGAAGGACGAGUAUGAUAUCGAAGGCUACACAAAAUCUCUUGGGUCCAUACAUGACUGUACAGCUCAAGCGUUGAAUGACGAGAGGAUCGACAGCUGGUGUGUUAAGAAACUAGAGGAAGCCGGGGCAAUUAUCCUCGGUAAACUAUCUAUGCAUGAAUUUGGGAUGGACACAUGCGGCGUCAAUAUCUCACACGGCACUCCGCUCAAUCCAUACAACCAGCACUAUUACACGGGUGGUAGUUCCUCUGGGUCCGCAUACGCUGUUGCAGCUGGCCUUAUCCCUAUCGCUAUGGGUAACGAUGGUGGAGGCAGCAUUCGUGUUCCCUCCUCGUUCUGCUCUGUCUUUGGCUUGAAAACUUCUCUAGGACGGAUAUCGUAUCAUCCAUCUUUCAAUGCCAGCAGCACCUCCGCGGUCUGCGGUCCCAUCGCAGCUGAUAUGCGGUCACUCGCAGAGCUAUAUAGUGUCGCGAGUCAGCCACAUCCUCUCUCGUGCUUUCCUCCGCCGUCGCCUUCUAUCAGAGGACUCACGGCUGAUCCCAACCGACCAAAGGUGAUCGGUCUUCCUGAAGCGUGGUUUCAGAGCGCAACACCAGCAAUUCAGACGUUGUGCCGGGGUAUGAUUGAUUGGCUUGUCACCUACAAGGGCUAUACUGUGAAGUCUAUCAACAUCCCUUUUAUCGCCGAGAGCAAGAUUGCACAUGCUCUUACCAUGCUUACAAAUGCAUCGACGCUUGUGCACGACACUCGCGGCUUCUCGCCCGCGAAUCGUAUCCUGUUUGCGCUUGGACGGGUAACACCCGCUACCGACUAUCUCCUUGCACAGAAGCUGCGUCGGGUGCUCAUGCAGCAUCUCUCCUGGCUCUGGAAUACGUACCCAGGAAUGAUUAUCGUCACGCCCACGACGGCUUGCGAAGGCUGGCCCAUCCGUGCCGCAUCGGAACUCAAGUACGGCAUAAGUGACGGAGACCAGACGUUAGAUUCUAUGGAAUAUGUCUGGUUAGCUAACUUUUGCGGGGUGCCGAGUCUCACCGUGCCGGCGGGCUAUGUCGUACCCGAAGGGCAGCCAGGCGAGGGAGAAAUCGCCGGUCCCAACACCGAAGGCAAGGUCCCUGUCGGCCUGAUGGCUACAGGCGAGUGGACAAGGGAAGACACACUCAUUUUAUUCGGUGUAGAUGCAGAAGAGGCUGGUGCUAAGUGGCAGUGUCGGCCACCAACGUGGGUAGAUGUCAUAGAGCUUGCAAAAAAGGAGAUGAAGAAUGAGUAGCUCUUCACCGUUCGAAAUACAGCAUCAUCAAUAUUACAUCUCGCAAUCUACAGGAUGCCAUUUUCAAAUCUCAAAACUUCCAGUCUGAGAGGCUUUUAUGCCAUGUAGGCAUCAUUUAUAUGCACAACGUGGGAGGUCUAGUUGUCAUACAGUCUACAGGUAGCAGAUCUCUAAGGAAGCAAUUGUACCUGCGGAAUGGCGAGCUAGGUAUAGCAUCUAUCAAACUGACUAUUAGAUUCUUCACAAGGAAUUUAAUUUUUCGAUUCUCUCUUAGGUCUAUCUGUCUACAAACGACAAAUUCUUCUACAAUACCAAUCUUAUCUCAAGGGAAAUCACGUAAGAAUCAAGGAUUGAAGACAUCUCCAAUAAGAAGAUUCAUCACACCACCCACCUGUCCUUGGAUAAGACCUGAUCUAGAAAACGUGACGAUGGAGUAUCUAUUCAUCACCUGACUGACCUAGAAAGGGUAUCUGACAGCAUCACUCAGCUGAGCUAAUCAAGGCCUAGUCCCUUGUGUCUCUUGUAGGAUGAAUUAACUAAUUGCCCCGUGACACUAGUUUAUCAACAGAAAUUCAGUAACUAGG